ACACAGCCAACGUUGAUUGGCUGCGAUCGUCCGCCUCUUCCCCACCAGGGAGCCUCUCAUUGGCCGAGCUGCUGUCCUCGCGCCGGCUUGCAGCCCCGCCCCCACUUAAAUAGUCUGAGGCGCGGGAUGCGAGGAGCCAUCAAAGCAAACGCCAGCUCGGCGUGGACGGACCGACGCGUGCGGGGAAAUUCCAUCACACACACACGGAACACAACAACAACAACAAUAUCGGUACGAGGAGGGAAGCCAGAGACGGGAUGCUUACUACAACGAGUGAACUACGUUCCGGCACUGGAUCCUCUGGCCCGCUGUUCUUUAUGCCGUCUGCCUUCAUCGGAACCACGUGCGCUGAUUCUUGAUUGCGUGCAGCCGUGCAGGUUCCGGUUUUUACGUCACGAUUUGUCAGCAGUGGGCGGAGCAGCUCGGCUUCUGCAUGUUCACUUGGACGUCGCCAAUAUGUGGAGGUGCCGUCAAUGGGAGUUCAAAGCAGUGCCCACUAAGGUCAUGUUAAGAAAACAUGUCUCCUCCGUCACAUUGCUAAACACUCAAGAUUGUUAGGAGUGGAUGCGAGAAGGAGGCGGCCUCAAGCUGUACCUCCCGAUCCAAGACGCCCCAUGGAGAACCGCUCCGAGAGUUUCCCAUGCUGCCCCCGCUGGUAACGACGUGAACAGCGAUGCCUUCAAAGGUCUCCUGUUUGUACUUGCUGACGGUGGUUUGCUGGGCCAGCGCUCUGUGGUACCUGAGCGUGUCCCGCCCGUCCUCGUCCUACGUGGGCCAGAUGAACAUCCUGGUCCGCAAGGCGCCCAAGCUGAACAAGAGCGCCGCCUUCGGCAACUACCGCACGCGCUCGCUCAACCCGCACGACUUCGACUACCUCAUCAACGAGGCCAAGAAGUGCGAGGCCGAGCCGCCGUUUCUGGUCAUCCUCAUCAGCACCACCCAUAAGGAAUUUGACGCGCGGCAGGCCAUCAGAGAGACCUGGGGCGACGAGACCACCUUCCCGGACGUGCGCGUGGUCACUCUCUUCCUGCUGGGGCGCAGCACGGACGCCGUCCUCAACCAGAUGCUGGAGCAGGAGAGCCAGAUCUUUCACGACGUGGUCGUUGAGGACUUCGUCGACUCCUACCACAACCUGACGCUCAAGACGCUGAUGGGCAUGCGCUGGGUGGCCACGUACUGCGCCAGAGCCCAGUACGUUCUCAAAACGGACAGCGAUAUCUUCGUGAACAUGGAGAACCUGGUCUACAACCUGCUGAAGCCCACCACCAAGCCCAGGCGGAGAUACUUCACCGGUUACGUCAUCAACGGCGGGCCGAUCCGAGACAUGCGCAGCAAGUGGUACAUGCCCAGAGAUUUGUACCCGGACAGCAAGUACCCGCCGUUCUGCUCCGGCACCGGCUACGUCUUCUCCGCCGACGUGGCCGAGCUCAUAUACCAAACCUCGCUGCACACCAGGCUCCUGCACCUGGAGGACGUGUACGUAGGGGUGUGCCUGCGCAAACUGGGCAUCCACCCCUUCCAGAACAGCGGCUUCAACCACUGGAAGAUGGCUUACAGCCUCUGCCGCUACCGGCGAGUGGUCACCGUCCACCAGAUCUCCCCCGAAGAAAUGCACCGCAUCUGGAACGACAUGACCAGCAAGAAGCACCUUAAAUGUUAGCGAGAUCUAGUACUCUGCGAGUCGGCUAUCGAUUGACCUUUUUCACGCCGCGUUGGAACGCGGACAAACGGGGAGCGCUGAGAGCAGAGUAUUGACGGACCCUUCAGUGCUUUGUCUGAAAGGCAGACCGCCCUGCUGGGAGUUUCUUGAGCACAAGGCCAAAAACAUGCUCGUCCAUUCAAGUGCAUCCGGCCUUGCACACUGGCUCUUAUGGCAGCGAGAAACUUUUUUAUGGAAGUGUAAAAAAACAAACAAAACAAAAAAAACACACCAAGCUGUUUCUUGUGUUUGCCAAGAGCACCAUGCCUUAACUGUUGACAUAUUCGAACCCUCAAAGUCAGGGGUGUCCAAGUUUAAAGGGGAACAUUAUCACCAGACCUAUGUAAGCGUCAAUAUAUACCUUGAUGGUGCAGAAAAAAGACCAUAUAUUUUUUUCACCGAUUUCUGAAAUCUAAAUGGGUGAAUUUUGGCGAAUUAAACGCCAUUUUGAUUAUCGCUCUUUUUGCGAUGACGUCAGAACGUGACAUCACCAAGGCCAUACAGCCGCCAUUUUCAACACAUUGCAAACACCGGGUCUCAGCUCUGUUAUUUUCCGUUUUUUCGACUAUUUUUUGGAACCUUGGAGGCAUCAUGCCUCGUCGGUGUGUUGUCGGAGGGUGUAACAACACUAACAAAGAGGGAUUCAAGUUGCACCACUGGCCCGAAGAUGCGAAAGUAGACAUUUUACCGGCGAUGACAGACAUGGCACAGAGAUGUAUGGAUAACCUGCAGAUGCAUUUGCAACGAUAAAGUCAACUAAAUCACAAAGGUGACUUUUGUUGAUGUUGUUGACUUAUGUGCUAAUCAGACAUAUUUGGUCGCGGCGUGACUGCCAGCUAAUCGAUCCUAACAUGCUACGCUAAUCGAUGCUAACAUGCUAUUUACCGGCGGUGCUAAAGCAGACAUGGCGCAGAGAUGUAUGGAUAACCUGCAGAUGCAUUUGCAACUAUAAAGUCAACAAAAUCACAAAUGUGAGUUUUGUUGAUGUUGACUGCCAGCUAA